UCGAACCAUAAUUUCGCUUUACGGCACAAAAGGGAGAGCCGUGUUGCCUGUUUGUGGCACUUUAUCUAUAUAAAUAUACACUUGAGAGGUCACAAAUUCCAAACAACCAAAAAGAGACACUUGCAUGUCACAAGAAUCCAACACACAUAGAACAGAAGCAACCAUGAAGAAACCUUCCCUUCAUCCAUCAAUUAUCUUCUUCUUAGCAACUCUCCUCCCAUUAAUCCUCACCGUCCACUCCCAACCCUCUUCAUUACCAUCAGACGACUCAGAUUUCAUCCGUACGAGCUGCAACACAACCUUAUACCCCGACCUCUGCGUCUCCUCCCUCUCAAACUUCUCAAGCUCCGUCCACGACGACCCAGCUCUCUUGGCUCGCGCCGCAAUCUCCGUCACUCUCUCCAAAGCUCUCGAGUUAGGCUCAUACCUCUCCAACGUCACCGCUCUCCUCAAGAGCCAGGAGGAAAAUGGGGGCCACCCAACCGCAGCCGCCGUUUUCCAUGACUGCUUCGAGAAUCUCAAAGACGCGGUCGAUGAAAUGAGAGGCUCGAUGAAACAGAUGAGGGACUUGGUCUCCACUGGCUCGCUUGAGUCGUUCAGGUUCCAGAUGAGUAACGUGCAGACUUGGCUUAGUGCGGCUUUAACCGAUGAAGAGACUUGUACAGACGGGUUUAAAGACGUUCAAGAUGAGCCGAGGAAAGAUGAGGUGUGCGCUCGGGUCGAUGAUGUCAAGAAGUUGACUAGUAAUGCAUUGGCUCUAGUUAACCGAUGCGUUGAUAAGGCGAUGCAUUGAUCGUUGUUCACCAAAUAUUUUUCUUUCUUUUGAUCACUUGAAAAAAUAAAUUAUUGUUUUUAUAUUUUGUUUGUCACGCGUGCAUGAUAUACAUGUAUAAUAAGAUAAGGCGCCUGCUUGUUAUUGGCUGAAAUGAAAUUAGAGGGAUAUAUGUACAAGUUGUUAACGCUUUUCGUUUGUGGAAAUUACUAAAAUAAACUAGUGUGUGGAAAGAAUUAGUAGU